CAGACCGCGCCCAGCAGUCACUCAAUUAAGAGCGUAAAUUAACAGCCAUUAGCGCAAGUUCAAACAGUGUGACGCAAAAUACACACCAUCAAGUGUCUGACGUACACCUGCUGUUUGUGGGAGCAGCUGGACGGUUAGCGGGCGUAUUCUGGUUCGCCUGGCAAUAGCUUUUGUGCUAGACAUGGAUACCCUUGCACAGGUUACUGUUUCGUAAGCAAGAAAGAGCACAGAAUACGUUACGGCUGAACUGAGGGAAACUACCGAUCCUUUCGCGCUUCAUAACUUCUGUCUACUACAACUUCGCUCAACUCAGCCUAACGUCUGCGCCCCAAAAUGAGUGACAGAGGAAGAGCGAGAUCGCGCUCGAGGGGGAGAGCUCGCGGGCCCAAGACAGCCCCAGGCAUGCCUCCAGCUCAGGAGGCGUCGCGGCCAGUUCUCCCUCCAGCUGAGGGCGAGAUGUUGGGCCGUGGAAGGCAGAAAACGGCGCCUUCUGCCGCUGCAUCGGAAGGCCUCCUCGAGAUCUCUGCCGGCUUCCAGAAAGUGACUAUUGGAGAGCGAGGUCGCCGACGGCGGGAUUUUCACGAUGAAGGAAUCAACACAAGACAGGCCAUGGAACAUGUAAAGCAGUCCAAGUCAGGUACUUCCGGGUCUCCCAUCGAGCUGAGGGCCAACUACUUCCGCAUCCUGUCGCGGCCGCAGUGGGUCCUGUUCCAGUAUCACGUGGACUUCAACCCCCCCAUGGAGUCCCGCCGCCUCCGGUCCGCGCUCCUGUUCCAGCACGGCCAGACGCUGGGCCCCGCCCACACCUUCGACGGCGCCAUCCUCUUCCUGCCCCACCGACUCCAUAACCCGGAGACGGUUCUCCUGAGUGAAACCAGGCAAGGAGAGAAGGUGCGAAUCACGGUCACGCUGACCUCUGAACUUCUGCCAACUUCGCCCGUCUGCCUGCAGUUCUACAACAUCAUCUUCCGGAGAGUGCUGAGGAUCCUGAACAUGCAGCAGAUCGGCCGCCAUUACUACAACCCCAACGAGCCCCUGGAGAUCCCCCAGCACAGGCUGACGAUCUGGUCGGGCUUCUGCACGGCCAUCCUGCAGUACGAGUCCGGCGUGAUGCUGAGCGUGGACGUCAGCCACAAGGUGCUGCGCAGCGAGACGGUGCUGGCCUUCAUGUACGGCCUGCGGCAGCAGCACGGCGACCGCUACUUCAUGGAGGCCUGCACCAAGGAGCUGCUGGGCCUCAUCGUCCUCACCAAGUACAACAACAAAACCUACAGGAUAGAUGAGAUUGCCUGGGACCACAACCCCAGAAACACGUUCAAGAAGGGGGACAAAGAGAUCUCCUUCAAAGAGUACUACAAAACGCAGUACAACCUGGAUAUCAGGGAUGAGAACCAGGUGCUGCUGGUCAGCCACGUGAAGAAGCUGGGCCCUGCUGGAGCCCCGCCUCCUGGGCCGGCCUUAUUGGUCCCUGAGUUCUGCUACCUGACAGGUCUGACGGACAGGAUGCGGCAGGACUUCAACAUAAUGAGGGACCUGUCGCACCACACGCGACUCAACCCACAGGACCGGGACAACCGCCUGAACCGGUUCAUCGGAACCAUCAACCGGAACCCCGAAGCGCAGUCUGAGCUCAGCACCUGGGGCCUCAGCUUCGACAAGCAGUCUGUGAGGAUCCAGGGCCGAAUCCUCCCCCCCGAAAAUAUCCUCCAGGGUCGCCGCACGUUCCAGUACAGGCCCAUGGCAGCUGAUUGGUCGAAGGAGAUGCGCGGGGUGCCCCUGUCCAGCUGUCCGCCCCUGGAGAACUGGAUGCUGUUCUUCACCCGCCGCAACGGGGACCUGGCCCACUCCCUCCUCCAGACCCUGGGCCGGGUGUGCCAGCCAAUGGAGAUGAGGAUGCUGAGGCCCGCCAUGAUUGAAUAUGAGGACAGACAGGAUUCUCUAAUGAGGGCCCUGCAGCAGAACGUGGGCCCUGGAACCCAGAUGGUUGUGGUCAUUCUUCCCACCAACCGCAAGGACAAGUACGACUGCGUGAAGAAGUACCUGUGCAUUCAGUGUGCCACUCCCAGUCAGUGCGUGGUGGCUCGAACCCUCAGCCGGCCCCAGGCCCUCAUGACCAUCGCCACCAAGAUCGCCCUCCAGAUAAACUGCAAGAUGGGGGGUGAGCUGUGGCACGUGGAGAUACCGCUCGAUUUUCUGAUGGUGGUGGGAAUCGACUGUUACCAUGACAUCGCUGCUGGGAGGCGAUCCAUCGGGGCUCUGGUGGCCAGUCUGAACAAGGAUAUGACUCAGUGGUACUCUAAGUGCGUGCUCCAGAGUCGCGGGCAGGAGAUCAUGGACGGCCUGAAGGGGCCGCUGCAAGGAGCCCUGCAGGCCUGGAUGAAGCGCAAUCAGAAGCCCCCGACGCGCAUCAUCGUGUACCGGGACGGGGUGGGAGACGGCAUGCUGCAGAGCGUGGUCAGCUACGAGAUCAAACAGAUCCUGGACUGCAUCAAGUCCACCAUGGGGGACUACAUGCCCAAACUGGCCGUAGUCGUGGUGAAGAAGAGGAUCAGCUCCAGGUUCUUCGCCAUGAUGGACAGGAACCUGUCCAACCCGCCGCCAGGAACGGUCAUCGACACGGAAAUCACGCGCCCUGAAUGGUACGAUUUCUUCAUCGUGAGCCAGGCGGUGCGCAUGGGCAGCGUCACGCCCACUCACUACAACGUGGUGUACGACAGCAGCGGUCUGAAGCCCGACCACAUGCAGCGGCUCACCUACAAGCUCUGCCACAUGUACUACAACUGGCAGGGGAUCAUUCGAGUGCCCGCCCCCUGCCAGUAUGCCCACAAGCUGGCCUUCCUGGUGGGCCAGAGCCUCCAUAAGGAACCGGACCCAUCUCUGGACAGCCUGCUGUAUUACCUGUGAUGGACAGGGGCCUGAGUACGUGGCCAGUACACGUGCACAGCCAGGCAUGUGAACCUUCGGAUUCAUUACAUUACAUUACAGGCAUUUCAUGUGUAAUGGUUUCAUUUUGCAGGAUAAACGUGUAUAUAUACUUUUUUUUUUCUUUGUGUUAAGUCUAGGUUAGCUUUUGGAAUUUGUGCAUCCGGGUUUAUGGGGAACCUUAAUUAUGAAGUUGUGAAUUGUCAGAUGUUGACUUAUGCGCUUAUUUUUUGGGGAUACAUUUAUAAUUUUUAUUUCUAGUAUCUUCAGUAACUCUUUAUUCCAAAAAAAUCAGUAUUUCUAAAUGUUUUGUUGGCUAAUAUGUCCCUGGAAACUGGGAAAGGCCUGUGUUUAUUUGUGUUAGAUUUUUUAAAUUUAAUUUAUGGGCAGUGUGCCAUGCUGCUUCAGGGGAAGAACCCACAGCUUUGAGGGGAGCCAUUUUGAAUUCUACAGCAAAGAAACCGUAAAUGGAAAAAGAACCGUAGCAGAACUGAAGAUGGCAGCAGGGAUUUAAAUUCUGCUUUUGGACGAUCACCCAAACGUUCUGUUUACUCGUCCUCGGGUCAGAACGCUUACAAAAACCACAAAAACUACAGUGAACAGGGCCACUGGCUUUCCCCCUCAGUGCUGUACAGGGAUGCUCAGAAUGAACUGUUAUGUUUCAUGUGCAUUAAAUUCUUUGGCUCGCGAUUCCUGUAAAAUUAAAUUCAAUUUACAAUGAAUAAAUCCUCUUAUGAAACGAUUGAGAGCAAUGAAA